CAUCCAGAGGCUUCACCGUGAGAGCGGAUUACAGUUCCUGGUGACUUGGAGAUGACAGACUUCCUCGAACAUGAAACAACAGUUAGGAAAAAGGUUGAGUGGCGUGAAGUGUGAUGAAUAAUGACAGCUUUAACACCGAAUUAUUGAGGCGUCCAAAGAAGCUGGUGCGCACUCUGAAACGUGCUGAACGCGGAGAAGGGGAUGCGUUAAAGUAACAGGUGGCACUUUAUUUAGUCCUUGUGUCAGUGCGCUCUCAGCAUCAGUGGAGGAAUGUGCGUUUUGAAGACAUGACGCGCACUGUGUGCCAAAGAAAACCAGCAUGGAGAAACACUUGAACUUUCCAGGUGAGCAAAGCGACCAGCCCUAAUUGUCAAAUAGGCUCCAGAGUGAAGACAAGCUCCGAUGAAUGGACAGCAGAAUGUUUUCUGGUCAGGCUGGUCUGAAUUAUAGUUUCAACCUGAGCGAUGAGCGGGAUCUGGUGGACGAGCCGGCGGGCAAGGGGAAGCUCUCCCCGACGGGCUUCGCCGUGCUGUCCGUGGUGCUUGGCUUCAUCAUGACUUUUGGUUUCCUGAACAACUUCAUCGUGCUGCUUCUGUUUUGCAAGUUCAAGAAGCUGCGAACACCGGUGAACAUGAUGCUGCUGAACAUCAGUGUCAGUGACAUGCUGGUGUGUUUGUUCGGCACCACGCUCAGCUUCGCUUCCAGUAUCCGUGGGAAGUGGCUGCUGGGGCGCAGCGGCUGCAACUGGUACGGCUUCAUCAACUCCUGCUUUGGUAUCGUUUCGCUGAUCUCCCUGGUGAUCCUCUCCUACGACCGCUACAGCACUCUGACUGUAUACAACAAGCGUGGGCCAGACUACCGCAAGCCCCUGUUGGCUGUUGGGGGAUCUUGGCUGUACUCCUUGCUCUGGACGGUGCCCCCUCUGCUCGGCUGGAGCAGCUACGGUGUAGAGGGGGCAGGAACCAGCUGCUCUGUGUCCUGGACGGUUCGGUCCGCCCAGUCGCACGCCUACAUCAUCUGCCUCUUCAUUUUCUGCUUGGGUAUACCCAUCUUGGUGAUGGUGUACUGCUAUAGCAGGCUGUUACUGGCAGUCAAACAGGUCGGUAAGGUCAGAAAGACCGCGGCCCGGAGGAGAGAGUACCACAUACUGUUCAUGGUUCUGACCACAGCGGCCUGCUACAUGCUGUGCUGGAUGCCUUACGGUGUCGUGGCCAUGAUGGCAACAUUCGGCCCGCCCAACAUCAUCAGUCCCGUGGCCAGCGUAGUGCCCUCACUGCUGGCCAAGACCAGCACUGUCAUCAACCCCCUCAUCUACAUACUUAUGAACAAACAGUUCUACAAGUGUUUCCUGGUUCUGUUUCACUGCCAUAACUGGGCAGCGGAGCACGGCAGCACCUCCUUACCCUCCAAGACCACGGCAAUCCAUCUGAACCGCAGAGUCCACAGCAACACGGUGGUCUGCACCGCCCAGAUCUCCACCGAACCACUCAACCAGUGCUGCAGCACCCCGGCCACCAAGCACACGGGCCCUGACCUACGUCACUGAGCGUGCCGAGUAUUCUCAGCGUGAGCGGGGAUAGGAAAUACAGUCCUGACGAAGGAGUGAUGGCUCGGCUUGGACUAAUGUGGACUUGAAAGUAAAUGUAUUUAAUGUGUGAGAUUGUGUCUGUACAGAAAGAAAUCUUUGUGUGUGUCCAAUAACAGCCAAAAGAGUUAACUAUGUAUCAUAUUUACAUAUUUAGAGGCACAUGAAUCAGGAAAAAUGACCAAAUCUGAACACGUUAAAGUCUGAAACGCUCCAUAUGAACACAAACAAAGGUGCACAAUAGUCUAUGGACAUCUACAUUUGGUCAUACAGUGCACCUAACCAUUGAUCUAUAUGUACAUCUAUAUUGUUUGAUCAGUUUAAAAUAGCAGUUGGUAUUUAAAAGAUUUAAAGGAUAAUCGUGUGAUCACGACUACAAAAACAGAAACCUAGUGCCUGUUCUCUCUGUGGCUGUUCAGUCGGUUUGUCAUUGUGCUGCUGUCAGUGUCAAAGUCAGUCAAUCAUGAUCGGUGCUCCUUCAGUCGGUGUCCAAGUGGACUGAUGUGUUCAUCAUUUCACCUCCUUUCUUCAGCCUCUGCGCCGCUUUGGCUGCAUGCGCUGCAGAAGUCUCACCGUGACUUAAAUUUUCCACUUGUACAUACUCAUUUUAUGAUUUUUUGUCUGCAUGGUUCAGUAUUUUAUUUAUUUUUUGUUGCGUUGCUCUCCUGCAUGGUUUUGUUGCAUGUUUCUUCGUGCAUUCAAUUCUAAACUGAUUUGAAAUUAUGGAGACAAACAGUUACUUAAACUUGUAUUUAAUUAAAGAGCUCCGCUCUCUUUGAAAGUGACCGGUCACACCUGUGGUUUCACUAGUGAGUAAAAACCUUUGACACCUUUGAGGAUGGAGGACAUGGGAGGCAUCCGAGACAGCGAGGACUUCUACGGCCACAUCAGGUUAAGAGACGGCGAGGACGAGGACGUGGGAGCCCAAAUGGCACAUAAAAACGCUGUCUGACUACAGUACGGGACAUGUCAACAUGUGUGCAUGAGGGUUCCACCUCGUCCAAGUCCAGAAAAACAAAUAGAUGCAACAUCAGGGAACUGGAAUACACAAACCGCUGGCCCUGAAUGAAACAUUCACGUUGCAUCGUGCUGAUAUUAAGCACAUUUCAUGACGGACAGGACGUGUGAGUGCUGACUCGAGUGCUUGCCCCUAAGUGACUCUCAGACAGAGGUAAAUGUAUUUUAUUGUUUUAAUUAAGUGUAGACCAGCUAAAAAAAAAUGUGCAUAAAUAAAGAGUUGUCUGUGAUGAAUAAAUACAUAAAUAGAGUAUGGUGUAAAAUGUCAUAGGUAAGAAUGUUAAAAAAAAUGCAUACAUGUAUAUUGUUUCAUGUCUUUUGAUAAACACGUUGCUCAUUUGACAGACUGCUAUCUUCUCAGCCGUGUGUCCAGUCACAUAACGAAGCAUUGCUGCAGUUUUCUGUCGAAUUAUGAAGUUGUGCAGUUUGUGUUUAGAGAGAGAGAGAGAACGUUUUGUUUGACUGGUCUCUGUCGGAUCACAUGACAUGAUGUCCUGCUUUAUUUUUGUUGUUUUGCUGGCUUGUGUGAUUAUUGGUGUGUGUGUGUGCACAGUGUGUGUUUGGUGUGCAAAAGUAGAAAACAAUGCUUUAAAAAA